AUGAUCGACUACACGCUCGUAGACUGGGGCUUCGUCCUCGCCGCGCUCGGUGCUCUGCUCCUCAUAGCCUAUCGACGCCCUCGCAAGGGCCUACCACUGCCACCAGGUCCCAAGGGUCUUCCGCUCAUCGGCAACGCGCUCGACAUUCCGAUGACGAACGGGCGGACGGUGUUCCGCGAGAUGAGCGCAAAGUAUGGGGACGUCAUGUACCUCAACGCGCUGGGACAACCCAUGAUCGUGUUGGGCUCGCACGAGGCGGCGGUGGACCUCCUGGAGAAGCGUGGCUCGAACUACUCGGACAGGAUGUCGUUCGUCAUGUCUGAACUCUGCGACAUGAACUGGGUGCUCACGAUGCAGCACUACGGCCCAUACUGGCGCAAGCACCGCCGCGCGCUGCACGAGUUCCUCAACCCGACCGUGCUCGACAACUACCGCGCGGACUCGCGCCGCGACGCCCACCGCUUCAUCCUGAACCUGAUGGAAGAGCCGCACCGGCUGCUACACCACUCCCGCGGCGUGUUCGGCGCGAUGAUCAUGCGCAUCUCGUACGGCAUCGAGCUCACCGAGCGCAACUGGAAGUACGUCGACAUCGCCGAGGCCGGCAUCCACGCCUUCACCCACGCCCUCGUCCCCGGCAAGUACCUCGUCGAGUCCUUCCCCGUCCUCCGCCGCCUCCCCGCGUGGGCGCCCGGCGCCGGCUUCAAGCGCGAGGCGCGCGCGUGGCGGAAGGACGUCCGCCGCGCGCUGGAGGAGGCCUGGGACGAGACGAUGGAGAAGCACGCGCGCGGGGCCGCGCCGCGCUCGCUCGCGACGGUCCUGCACGAGCGCGCCGCGCUGUUGCCGGACCCGGCGGAGAACGCGGCGGAGGAGGAGGUCGCGAAGAACGCGUCCGCGGUCACGUAUGCAGCGGGCGCGGACACCACGAUCUCGACCGUGCAGUGGUUCUUCUUCGCAAUGGCCGCGCACCCGGAGGCGCAGGCGCGCGCGCAGGCGGAGCUCGACGCCGUCGUCGGGCCCGGACGGCUCCCCGAGGUCGAGGACCAGGCGGAGCUGCCGUACGUGAACGCGCUGCUCAAGGAGUGCCUGCGCUUCCGCUCCGUCGUCCCGCUCGGCAUCCCGCACCGGUCGCUGGAGGACGACGAGUACCGCGGGUACCUGAUCCCGAAGGGGUCGAUGAUCAUCGCGAACAUCUGGUGCGUGGCGUUCUCGCGCGACCCGGAGGUGUAUCCGGACCCGGAGGCGUUCAGGCCCGAGCGGUUCCUGAAGAACGGGCGGCUCAAUCCGGAGGUGCGCGACCCCGCGGCGAUCGCGUUCGGGUACGGCCGCAGGGUGUGUCCCGGGAAGGCCUUCGCGGAGCGGUCGCUCUUCUCGAUCGUCUCCACGGCGCUGCACACCCUGUCCAUCAGCGCGCGGAUCGGCGAAGAUGGGAAGCCCGUGCCCAUGGCAGGCGAGAUGACCGAGGGCGUGCUCUCGUAUCCGGAGCCAUUCGACUGCGUGAUCAAACCGAGGUCAAGCGCGACGGAAAGGCUGGUGCGCGCGAGCUGCGGAGCGCAUGCAUGA